CAGCCUUCCUGCCCUGCAGCCCCUCCUCUCUGCAGCAGACGGACCAGCAGCAGGAAGUAGGCGGCUCAGCCAGCCGUUCUCAGCUUCAGUGAAACAUCGUCAGGUCAGAUCACUGAGAAGAACAAUGGAAGGAACAUCUCACUGUCUGAUCUUUCUGAUCUUCUUUCUGAGCUGUUCAACAGAUCCAGUCUCUCCAGCUGCUCUGACUGUGAGUCCCAGCAGAUCUCAGUUCUUUGAUGGAGAAUCAGUGACUCUGAUCUGUGAGGAUGAAAACAUCUCUGAUGGAUGGACUGUGAGGAGAAACACGACCAGAGGAACCAGAACUCAGUGUGAUAAAGAUGGAUGGGGGGAAUCAGCUGGUUCCACCUGUAACAUCACCUUGUUCCCAUCAGACUCUGGCCUGUACUGGUGUGAGUCCAUGUCUGGAUCCUCCAGCAGCAGCAGCAGCAGCAUCCAGCUCUCUGUCUCUGGUGGAUCAGUGAUCCUGCAGAGUCCUGUCCUCCCUGUGAUGGAGGGAGAUGACGUCACUCUGAGCUGCAGAGCAAAGAGUCCAGCCCACAACCUCCCAGCUGCUUUCUAUAAAGAUGGCUCCUUCAUUGGUCAUGGAACUACUGGAAACUUCACCCUGAACCCAGUGAGGAGAUCUGAUGAAGGCCUCUAUCACUGUUACAUCAGCGGUCAGGGAGAGUCUCCAUCCAGCUGGAUCUCUGUGGAAGAGAAACCAUCACCUGCUUCUGGUCCUCCAGCCUCUCCUUCAUCUCCACCUCCAUCUUCCUCUUCCUCCCAGUCUCAUCCCUUCAUCCUCCUGACUCCACCAUGUGUGAUUUUUGGGUUUUACUCCCUGAUUCUGGUUCUGCUGAUUCAACUGUUGAGAAAAUCUAAAGGGACCGACUCUGUGAAGACAAAUGAUGUUUAUUAUCGACAGGAAGUCAUCAGAAGCAGAAUCAGAGAUGUUCCUCCAGGAUCAGAUGACCUCUGACCUUCAGUCUCACCAUGACGACCAGCUGACAGGUUCCAACUCUCCUAAUAUCAGAUUAUAACUGCUGAUUAUUUUAGUUCAGGUUUUCUAUCUUUCUUUAUGCUUCACCUCAAGGUCAUCUCAAUAAAAAAUGUCUUGAAUAUUUUUUUCUCAC